UCAGAGAGGCUGUGCAGAGCGUGCGUGCUCACGUAUCGGCAAUCGGAAGCUGCAAGCGACAUAAACGUCAGAGGGUGGUUGAACGUAUGAGUUCUCCUCCGGCUCGGCGUUGUCAUGAGUCAAAUCGCAACGAGCCUUCACAUGUUGGGCCGCACGAUUAGCGAGCUUACUCAGAGUACUGUAAGUAACCUGCAUCUCCAAAAUCAACCUCCAAAAGUUCGACGACCUCGAACCAACAAAUAAUGUAACCCCACCAAGAUGCAAGUACAAAUAAGACUAGCAUGCCACGGUGUAAAAGGCAAACCCUUCUACCACAUCGUCGUCGCGAACCGCAAAAUCGGCCGCCAAACCAAACCCAUCGAACCUACGAGGCGGAGAAGGCAGCGAGGAAGGCGGAGAGGAAGGCGAGAGCGGCAGAGGAGGCGCAGAAGCAGUACAGGCAGGCGAUUGGUGAAACAUCCUAUCACUGCAUGUCCUUCAACCUUAAUCGUUCAAAUGGACGGGAAAUCCGAGACCGUUACUAUAUUUAGCAUCAUCAAACAUCGAGCUUUUACCGUUCAUUUUCCAGCUUGGUCCCGAGCGAUCACAUACAGCAAUGCUCCGCAUAUGUGCGCGCAUGACCAUGACCAAGUAUGCGGGCUUGACGUACAAGGACCAUGUUUAUCGGGAUAUAAAUCAAAUGAAAUGACGC